GUUUAGUGAUUUUGAUAAGCAAUUAAUUAUUUUUGCAGAAAAUGGAGGAGAAGGAGUGCAAAAAUGAAGAAAAUAAGAGUGAUUCAAAAGGAAUUAUUAUCAUAAUGGGUGUUUAUAUUCAUUGUCAAGGAUGUAAAGAACAAGUACUUAAAUCCCUUCGUGGCUUUGAUGGGGUGGGGGAAGUUGAGAUUGAUGAUAAAAAUCACAAAGUGAUGGUGAAAGGGAAGAAAUUAGAUCCUCUAAAUGUGGCUGAGAGACUGAGGAAAAAAAGUGGCAAACAUGUGGAAUUAAUUUCUCCAAUUCCAUCAAAAAAGAAAGAAGAAGAAAAGAAGGAGAAAAAACAAGAGCCUAAGGUUAUUGAAGUGAUUUUGAAACUAUAUUUACACUGUGAAGGAUGUGCUAAAGAUGUCAAGCAUUGCAUUCACAAAAUGCCAGGGGUUCACACAGUAGAUCCAGAAAUGAAGAACAAUAUAGUGAAAGUGAAAGGAUCCAUGGAUCCACAAAAACUAGUAGAAUUCAUCAACAAAAAAGCAGGAAGACAUGCUGAAAUUAUAAAGAAAAUUGACAAAGAGAAAAAUGAAAAAACAUUAUGUGAUAAAAAUUCAUUUGAUAUUAAAAAAGGUUGCAGUAAUUGCCAAUAUGAUUAUCUUCAAUUUGUAUAUGCUCCUCAAAUUUUUAGUGAUGAGAAUCCAAAUUCUUGCUCAAUUAUGUGA